AUGGCGUCUCAUCCAUAUCGUAGGGAGUCCCGUACCGGUUGGGGCCGAGGGAACCAGGCAGGCCAGGCCGGGCGUGGUCAAGGGAAUGCGGGGAGAGGCGGUGGUCAUAAUAGCAUGUAUUUCAUCGGGGGAGAUCCGCCGACCAAAGCACGACAAUACUACAAGUUCGUCCGACAGAACCGGGGCCAAUUGGUGGAGGGUGAGUCGCCAACACAACCGAAUCCAAGCGAUUCAUCGGCCGACGAGAUCAACGCUCAUGACCCAGACCCAUUCCAUUGGUUCAUUGCGCCUCCAGGUUACGUUGCCGCUGUCCAAAACGAGGACCUGAUCCCUGAUGAGGACGACCUAAUGAUGGACGCACCGGCAGAGGGUCCUGGUCGAGAUAAUUACUAUUAUGACCCAGAAGACCGUAACACGACGCCACCGCCGCCAUACGACAGGACGGUGACGGGCGAUGAGACAAACAUGUGGACUGACAUCAAAAACUGGAUCAUGAAUGUUGCCGGAACUCCUGCCGCUUAUACCGAGAUUCCGGCCCCUUAUGCCGUCUGCGGCGCGUGUCAACUAGUAGAAAUUGACAUCAAGGGGAUUCCAAAGUCUCACAACCCAAACUAUAGCGUGGGUCUUGGGACCGUUUUGAUCUGUGGCCAUAUUCUCUGCGCCCGCUGCUACAACGCGUGGUGCAGGGACAAGUACAACGCCACUCAUGGUUUCAACUGCCCCAUGUGCCGAGCAAAGCUGCAGUGCGACUCCAGGGCCUGCAAGGACAUCUUCUACCCCUACAUCAUACCGCCGGCCCGCCAUGAGAAGCCCCCAGGCAACGGCUGGAAGGAGUUUCUGGAUUAUGUGCCGUUGACUCUGGGCGAGGGCGGUGUGAGGCCCACGCAGUGUCACAUCUGUCGAGCGACUCGCCUUGUUGUGCUGGGACGCACCGCCAAACGAUUAUUCAACGAAAACUGCCGGAGGACCCUGACCGACCCCAGAGCCCAGUACAUGGGCGUGCCAUAA